AAGCAGGGUGGCACCAGGUGUGUAGCCCUGUCGGCCAUAACAACAAGAAUCUUUCGCUGGGCCGAAACAAACACCCUGUCCUUAUCAGCAGUUUUUCUAAGGGGGAUAGAAAACAGUACAGCGGAUUUCCUCAGUCGAAGUCAACUGAGGGAAGACGAGUGGUCCCUCAAUCAGGAGGUCUUCCAUCUUUUGGUCAAGAGAUGGGGGUCUCCGGAGAUAGAUCUCUUCGCUUCCAGGGAGAACACAAAAACACAUUGGUUUUUCUCUCGGGGCAGGGGAGAGGGAGCAAGAGGGAUAGAUGCCCUAUCCCAGAGCUGGCGAUUCGGGAUUUGUUACGCCUUCCCACCCCCAGCUCUUCUACCACUGGUCCUGAGAAAAUUUCAGCUGGAGAACACCUCACUUAUCCUUGUGGCACCCCACUGGCCCAAGAGGGCCUGGUUUUCGGUUCUCAAGCAACUGACCACAGAACCCCCUCUUUUUCUUCCUCUUCGAGAGGAUCUCCUCUCGCAGGGUCCAGUACUGUGCCCUCAGGUACACAGAUGGAACCUCGCGGCGUGGUUACUGAGGAGUCCUUGCUGAGGUCCAAAGGUUUUUCGGACAAACUGACUGCCACCCUUCUUGACAGUAGGAAGAAGGAGACACGUUCUAUUUAUAGAAAAGUUUGGAUUCGUUUUAAUACUUGGUGCCAGGAAUUUUCCUUUCCAACACAAAGCCACAAGUCCGUUCUGGAAUUUCUCCAGUGCGGAGCGGAUAAAGGCUUGUCAGUGAGUACCCUUAAAGGCCAGGUCUCAGCACUCAGUGUGUUUCUAGAGAGCCCUCUAGCAUCCAAUCCCUGGGUCAUCAGGUUCUUUAGGGCUUUGUCCAGACAGAAACCUUCCCAGGGACCUUCCUUCCCCAAGUGGGAUCUAUCAUUAGUUUUACAGGUGCUAACAGGGUUGCCCUUUGAACCCUUAGACAAGUGUUCUUUAAAGGAUCUAACAUUUAAAACAGUCUUUUUAGUUGCAGUGACUACUGCCAGGAGGGUCAGUGAAUUGGAAGCCCUGUCCAUUCGUCCUCCUUUUUGUGUAAUUUUCCCGGAUCGAGUUGUUUUUAAAACCGAUCCGGCCUUCCUUCCGAAAGUGGCUUCCAAGUUCCAUAGAAGCCAGGAGGUGGUAUUACCCUCAUUUUGUUCCAAUCCCUCUGGUGAAAGGGAAUUUAAGUUCAGUACACUAGAUGUUAGGAGAUGUAUCCUACAGUACUUGGAGCUGACUCGAGCUUUUAGGAAGUCAGACUCUUUGUUCGUUUUGUUUUCUGGGACCAGAAAGGGACAGAAAGCGUCUCGGCGCACUAUUGCUAGGUGGCUCAGACUAGUUAUUGGGCAGGCUUACUCCUUAUCUGGUAGGGAAGUCCCUACAGGAAUUAAGGCACACUCUACUCGGGCGGUGGCUACUUCUCAGGCUGAAGGGGCUGGAGCGACGCCAGAUCAAAUAUGCAAAGCCGCAACUUGGUCCAGCUACGCCACUUUCAUCAAGCAUUACAGAGUAGAUCUGGUGUCAGCAGGUGAACAAGCCUUUGGGAGAAAAGUCUUGCAAGCCGUGGUCCCACCCUAAAUUCGGACCGGAGUGCUCGUAUAAAAACUGAGGUCUAGCAGGG